GCGCCCUUCCCUCACAGCCAGUGUCUUGUCUCCGCAGGGACCUCGCUAAGGCGCUCGGCAGGCCCGGAGGGUGCCCGUGGCGGUGCAGGGUUUUCUCAGUAAAAAAACAGAAAAAAUGUUUGAUGUUAAGGCUUGGGCUGAAUACAUCGUGGAGUGGGCCGCAAAGGACCCGUAUGGCUUUCUUACAACUGUCAUCUUGGCCCUUACACCAUUGUUUGUAAUUAGCGCAGCACUUUCGUGGAAGCUUGCAAAAAUGAUUGAGGCCAGGGAGCGGGAACAAAAGAAGAGACAAAAACGCCAAGAGAAUAUUGCAAAAGCCAAACGAGCAAAGAAGGAUUAAAUGGGGAAAAGCCGUCUUACUUGAGCAAAAAAUCCACUUCUUAAAUGAAACACUUGUACAUUUUGUAACUGUCCUUUGAUACUUGAACCUGUUACUUCCUGAAGUAUGAGAUUUAAUACCUUCAGUGUAUCUUUUCUGUUAAGAUUAUUUGUGUUAAAGGUUGCCCAAAUUACACUUGUUACAGUAAUUUAAUUUCCUGCUUCUGUUGUAGUGCAAGUUGCUUUUCUAAAUUUGCAUGUUAAAGUGAAAAAUUAAGUAUCUGGGUGGCUCUGGAAGUAGAUGAUUUUUCCUUACUGAGAUGAUUUUUCCUUACUCAAUGGCUGUUGUGAAAUUCUCAAAUUGUGGAGCAAAUGUGAA